AUGUUUUACAAUGAUGGGCCGUGUGGGAAAGGUCCAUAUCCCGCAUUUGGGGAUAAAACAUUUAUGAUGGCUUUGGUGGAACAGGUUGAUGGAGGCGGAAGCUAUGACAACUGCACGUUUAAUGACUGCGACACACCCCAAUUUGACGAGGAUACGGUGUGCAAGAAGAACGAUGAAAAUCCCAUGUGGAUCAUGUUCAUGUACGCCGUCAAGCACUACCAGGUUUUCAUGCACGAAUUGAAAGAUGGACUCGACACGGCGUUCCAGCACUGUCUGGCUCGAGUGGACCCAAUUGUCAAGGACUUUAGCACAGAAGCCGACCCACCCAAUUCAGCCGCCAAUACCCUCAUCAUUACAGCAGGGGCAUUCGCCGGGGCCGGGGCCGCUCUCGGGUUGGUAGGGCCGGCAUUUGGUGGUGCCGCCGGUGCUGCUAGUGGAAUAUCAACCAUGGCACUUGGUAUCGUCAACAGUGUCAAAAAGAAUGAUCCCGGACAAAUUGCCGACGAAGAUAACUCACGCUCAGCUGAGCUGCAAAAGCGGCUCGAGAAAGUGUAUGAGUCGGUAAAUAGUUCGAUAGAUGACUGGGGCCCGGCCCUCAUUGAACGCCCGGUGUGGUUCCAAAAUAAUGCCUACAAGGACGUGUGGUAUGCCGAUCAAGAACGAAGUAUGCCCAGAGUUUUGGUUGGCGGCGACUUUGCAACCAAGCCGACGUCUGCCACCGGUGAUCAAUAUGCGGCCAAAAUCACGCGGUGGUUCUCAAUUGCAGCGCUCGCAUACAUCUGGACCGCAGAAAAGGUCAUCAUCAUCAGAGUGGCGGAAAAGACCGGCGGCACGGCACCAUGCGAUCUCGACUGGGAUGCUUUGAAUACGGAGGCUACCUGUGUUGACGGCAAGGCCUAUGUCUUUCACAAGCUCAAGACCGGGUAUGACAGAUCAUUCAAGGCGAAUUCGCGCACCUUGGACAAAGCCCCCGGUAUCAGCAACGUGAAUUCCAACGAUUAUGACUUCAAGCUCGAAGACUUGAUCAGAGCGGCCGAGGAUGCGCAGCAAUCAGGCGGUUUUCAGCGGAAGUGGACUGCCGACGACGCUGCGCAGAAAACAGCGGAUAAUUUUGGCAAGGAUAUCCCUAUCUUCUUCAAUCUCCCUAUCUGUUAUUUGGAUGACGUAUGGGACGGUGACAUUGCCGGGACGUCUGAAAUGGUCAAAGUGUUUAAGAAUGUUGGGGGUUGCAGCGCGAUGAAGGAUAAGAAUGGGGACAAGUUCACCUAUCAAGACUUCGCUGGUGAACAUUACACUUAG